CACACGACGCGCCCUAGUUAGAAACAAAGUCGGAGUUUGUGGAUUGGGGGAAGGGCGGGGUCUAACCUCAGGUCAGGCGCCGUGCAAGGUACAUCUUGGCACCCGGAAGAGGCCCAGCACAGUUGCCCCCGAGGUGACCCGACCUCCCCUACCAAUUGAGGCGCCCUUGUUGCCAGGCUUGCGGCGGGGGAGCGGCGGGGGGGAGCGACGGGGAUGCGCUCAUUGGUCAAGGAAGGGGCGCCUGUUACUAGAGGCGAGAACCGGAGCCCAUUGGUCGGAACACCUCACAAUGGACCCCAGCGGCGCGCAGAAUCCUUAUGAUUGGUUUGCUGGCUGCCUCGGGAGACCCUGUUGCCAGGAUACUUGGCGUUCCCGACCCGACCCCCGUUCCCCAUUGGCUGUCAGGGCAAAAGCCGCCAUCUAAUGAGGAGCGAGGUGCGGUGCUCCGAAGCGCUCGCUUCCCGCGGUGCGAUCUAGUCCUGCAGUAGGCGGCCCGGGGCCACACCGCGGCCGCCCAAGCCAGUGCAAGGCCCAGGGGCCUGACAUCGCUCCCAGCGCUCGAGGACCGAGGCCUGCUGUGGAGGACACCGUGCUCCCUCGGGACCUGCUCUGGAUUCCGGCCCGGACGUCCCCUCGGAGCUCUGCAUCUCCAACCUGGAACCCAACCCAGAAGUCUCAAGUUUGACGCAUCACGUGGCGUGCGGAUCCACUGAGGGUCCACAGAGAGGGGCGCCCAUCUCCUGCGUCGCAGUUAUCCUGGUAAUUGUGUAUCUGCCCAUUGUUCGUUGCCUCAUUAACUUGACUUUCUAGGUGCACCCACCUUGCCACCAGAGAAGUCCAAAUCCUGACUUCUCUCCAAGGUGUUGGGAAUUCUGUGCCCUAAAGAAUUCCGACUCAGAUCCGAACGGGGAUCUGGUGGAAUCGAGGGUGAAAGACCAGAGGGACAAUGUUCUACUAUCCCAACGUGCUUCAGCGCCACACCGGCUGCUUUGCCACCAUCUGGCUGGCGGCGACUCGCGGCAGCCGGUUGGUGAAGCGCGAAUACCUGAGGGUGAAUGUGGUGAAGACCUGCGAGGAAAUCCUCAAUUACGUGCUGGUACGAGUGCAACCUCCGCAGCCCGGCCUGCCGCGGCCCCGCUUCUCCCUCUAUCUCUCAGCCCAACUUCAGAUCGGUGUGAUCCGCGUCUAUUCUCAACAAUGCCAGUACCUCGUGGAGGACAUCCAGCACAUCUUGGAGCGCCUCCACCGUGCCCAGCUGCAGAUCCGAAUAGAUAUGGAGACUGAGCUACCCAGCCUGCUGCUUCCUAACCACCUGGCCAUAAUGGAGACCCUAGAAGACGCUCCAGAUCCCUUUUUUGGGAUGAUGUCUGUGGAUCCCAGACUUCCUAGUCCUUUCGAUAUCCCUCAGAUUCGACACCUCUUAGAGGCUGCAAUCCCAGAGAGAGUUGAAGAGAUCCCUCCUGAAGUCCCUACAGAGCCCAGGGAGCCAGAGAGGAUUCCAGUCACUGUGCUGCCACCUGAGGCCAUCACGAUCCUGGAGGCAGAGCCCAUACGGAUGCUGGAGAUUGAGGGUGAACGGGAGCUCCCAGAGGUCAGCCGCCGAGAACUGGAGCUGCUGAUCGCAGAGGAAGAAGAAGCUAUCUUGUUAGAAAUCCCGCGGCUCCCACCUCCAGCUCCUGCAGAGGUGGAAGGAAUAGCAGAGGCACUGGGUCCUGAGGAGCUGAGGCCGACAGGCUGGGAACCUGGGGCCCUACUCAUGGAGGUGACCCCCCCGGAGGAGCUGCGUCUGCCAGCCCCACCCAGCCCAGAGAGGAGGCCCCCAGUCCCCCCACCUCCUCGCCGCCGCCGUCGUCGCCGGUUACUGUUCUGGGACAAGGAGACUCAGAUCUCCCCGGAGAAAUUCCAGGAACAACUGCAAACCAGAGCCCACUGCUGGGAAUGUCCCAUGGUGCAGCCUCCCGAGAGGACCAUCAGAGGCCCUGUGGAGUUGUUCAGAACCCCAACUCUCUCUGGCUGGCUACCCCCUGAACUACUGGGUCUCUGGACCCAUUGUGCCCAGCCACCCCCAAAAGCCCUCAGGCGAGAGCUGCCUGAGGAGGCAGCCGCUGAGGAGGAAAGGAGAAAGAUUGAAGUUCCAAGUGAGAUUGAGGUCCCGAGGGAGGCCCUGGAGCCCAGUGUUCCCCUUAUGGUGUCUUUAGAGAUCUCCCUAGAGGCAGCUGAAGAGGAGAAGUCCCGCAUCAGCCUCAUCCCACCAGAAGAACGGUGGGCCUGGGCUGAGGUGGAGGCGCCAGAAGCUCCUGCAUUGCCCGUGGUGCCUGAACUCCCUGAGGUGCCCAUGGAGAUGCCUUUGGUGCUGCCCCCAGAGCUCGAGCUGCUCUCACUGGAAGCAGUGCACAGGGCAGUGGCACUGGAGCUGCAGGCUAACAGGGAGCCUGACUUCAGCAGCCUGGUGUCACCUCUCAGCCCCCGCAGGAUGGCUGCCCGGGUCUUCUACCUGCUCCUGGUGCUCUCAGCGCAACAGAUUCUUCACGUGAAACAAGAAAAGCCAUAUGGUCGCCUCCUGAUCCAGCCGGGGCCCAGAUUCCACUGAGGUUAGAGUCCAUUUACAAAGCUGCCAGAAAACCGGCCACUUCUAGUAAACCACGUCGUGCCUCACUGGGUCCUGCUUACCUCAUUUCUGAAUGUGCAUUUCCAGCCUUCUUGCUCUCAGAGCUAUUGUUCAAGCAGAAAACAAGCUGCUUUUAUUACA